UUCUCAGUGUUAAUUUCGGGCUGGUCCGGCUGCCCUCACGGUUCAUUCCGCGCUGCCCGCGCCUGCGCGGCCCCGCCGGAAGGUGCCGCCCGCCCGGCGGAUGUUGCGGCGCGGCCGCGGCUGAGGGAGGGACGGCGGAGCGGCAGCGCCGGGGCCGCGCACGUCCCGAGAUGGCCGAGGAGAACGAGGAGCUGCCGGCGGACGAGGAGCUGCCGGCGCCGGCCGAGGAGGGCUUCGAGCAGCUGGAGAACGACAGCCCCGCCGAGCGCAGCGGGCACGUGGCGGUCACCGACGGGCGCUGCAUGUACGUCUGGGGAGGAUACAAGAAUGCCCAGGUCCGGGGGUUUUAUGACUUCUACCUGCCUAGGGAUGAGAUAUGGAUCUACAACAUGGAAACUGGAAGAUGGAAGAAGAGCAAGACAGAGGGAGACGUUCCCCCGUCCAUGUCUGGCAGCUGUGCCGUGUGUGUGGACAGGGUGCUUUAUCUCUUCGGGGGGCACCACGCCCGCGGCAACACCAACAAGUUCUACAUGUUGAAUGCCAGAUCCUCGGACAAAGUGCUGCAGUGGGUGAGAGUGGAGUGCCAGGGGGUGCCCCCCUCGUCCAAGGACAAGCUGGGGGUGUGGGUGCACAAGAACAGGCUGAUAUUUUUUGGAGGCUAUGGCUAUUUUCCUGAAGGAAAGCAACGUGGAACAUUUGAAUUCGAUGAAACCUCUUUCUGGAAUUCAGGUCUUCCUAGAGGGUGGAACGACCACGUGCACAUUCUGGACCUUGAAACUUUCACUUGGAGCCAGCCUAUAACCACGGGGAAGACGCCGUCGCCUCGAGCCGCCCACGCCUGCGCCACGGUGGGGAACAGGGGCUACGUGUUUGGAGGCAGAUACAGGGAGUGCAGAAUGAACGACUUCUACUACCUGAACCUGGACACGUGGGAGUGGAACGAAAUACUCACCCAAGGCGUCUGCCCCGUGGGCCGAUCGUGGCAUUCCCUGACACCGAUCUCCUCGGAUCACCUCUUCCUCUUCGGAGGCUUCACCACGGACAAGCAGCCCCUGAGUGAUGCCUGGAUUUAUUGUAUCAGCAAGAACGAGUGGGUACAGUUUGAGCACAACUACUCCGAAAAACCAAGGCUGUGGCACACGGCCUGUGCCAGCGAGGAGGGCGAGGUGAUCAUCUUUGGGGGCUGUGCCAACAACCUUCUGGCCCAUUCCAAAGCUGCUCACAGUAACGAAAUCCUGGUGUUCUCCCUCCAGCCGAGAUCCCUGGUAAGGCUGUGCCUGGAGGCCGUGAUCUGCUUCAAGGAGAUGCUGGCCAGCUCGUGGCACUGCCUGCCCAAGCACCUGCUGCACAGCGUGAACCAGCGCUUCGGCAGCAACAACACCUCGGGCUCCUGAGCCGCCCAUUAAAGCCGCUGCUCCGCCCUCCGUGCGUGGCCCAUUAAAGCCGCUGCUCCACCCUCCGUGUGUAGGUAGUCGCUUCUCGCCCUCCCGUGCAUGUGAAUGGCCCAGAGAGAACCUCUUUGUGUGUGACACGUUCCAAUAAAUGUAUUUAAUGCCAGAGGAGCCCGGCCCCAGCUUCGGCUGUGCCCCGAGGGGUGAGGCUGACCCCAGAGCGGGGCUGUCCCUGGGGACAGGAGCUGGGACUGCUGAGCCCCCAGGGCUCCGGAGCGGUGCUUUAGUGGUGUUCAGCCCACGGCUGCAGUUCUGCCACAGAUGCUUAAGGUCAGAGGAGCAGGAUGUGGGAGUUGUCCCAGUGUCAGUCGAUAAACUGUUGUAAACCUUGAGAUGUUAAAGCACCACUACUCUCUGCUUGGCUGUAGUUUGGGUUUUUUUGGAAUUUUUAUGUUGUGGAAUUUCAAUUGUGAACCUUAGGUAGCAGAUAUUCUGCCCUGCGAGUGUAACUGAGAGUGCUUGUGCCUGUUCCCAGCCCUGUGGGGACACGGGGGACAGGGCCAGGCUGUGCUGCUGUGGGGAAGGGGGAAAUCAUGGUUUAAUCUGUCUUCAAACAACAAUUAAAAACGUUAACUUCUAGAACAA